CCAACACCAGUUCCCGAGUCGUUCCUGAACCAAUCAGUCCCGUGUCAAGUUCCUUUUAAAUUUUUAACAAAAUGAAAUUUUUAAUUUUCUUGACUUUGGCGGUGAUGGCGGCCCAGGCGAAGAUCCUCAUGUCACCCAACAGCCUUUCUGCUGCCAUGGAGAGUAAUGAAGUUGACGAUGCACCCUUGGCCCAGGCAGCCAUGUUGUCAGAGAAGCUGUACAUCCCGAUGGCGCGACUGAUGACGUGUAAUAACAGCGGCUGCCAGGCCGUCUGCCACGCCCUCGGCUACAAGUAUGGCCGGUGCGUCAGUGAUACGACGUGCGAGUGCUACAACUAGCAUACCAACGUUGGCAGCAAUGGAUCGAUGCGGUAUACGCCCAACCCGCACUCCCUAGGUCUUAUCUAAAACUCUGCCUGCUUAGUUAUGACUUUUUUUGUAAAAAGAUUUAAAUUAUAUUUUUUAUGA